CCACCAGAAGCAUGACUCUUCCCAGGACCAGCUCAGCCACCAGAAACAUGACUCUUCCCAGGACCAGCUCAGCCACCAGAAGCAUGACUCUUCCCAGGGCCAGCUCGGCCACCAGAGGGUCAGAAGAGACCCAGGGGGCCAGAGGAGAACGGGGGGAACUGGUCAACAUGGAACGUCUUGGGUUGCCUAACAUUGGCAACACUUGCUUCCUUAACGCCACCCUGCAGUGCCUCCUGGUCCUGCCGUCCUUCUCAAAGGAAAUCCUGCACCAGGAACAACUCUGGAGCUCCUCCGCCUUCUCCAACCUGCUCAGGUGUCUGUCUGAUGUGCACCGUUCGGGUUUACCUGACAGUGUGGCAAACCAGGCCUCAAAAGCAGACCUCAUGUGGAAGGUCAAGUACUCCUUGUCAGGAUACGAUUUGAAGUAUCUGGGGGACACGCAACAGGAUGCACACGAGUUACUUGUCAAUAUGCUGUGCCAGCUGAAGGAGGAGGGCAUGAUUCUGAAGACACUCGGGAUGAACUAUACCUGCCCUGUUUCCCAGCUGGAGUUCCAACUUGUGUCGGUGCGCACAUGUACCAGCUGUGGGCGCGAGUCGUCUACCAGAGAGGACUACAACCACCUCUCAUUGGACUUCAGCCCUGAGCGCACCUUGCUGAACAGCCUAGCACUCACUUUCAAAAGUGAACAGGUUGAAUUCACAUGUGAGGGCUGUAAAGGCCUCCACGCCUCAAAGGUGGAGCAGUUCCACACACUGCCUCUUGUGCUGGUUCUGCAUCUGAAGAGGUUUGGAGGACCUGGGGGGUUGGAGAAGCUGGAGGCUCCUCUUUUGUUUCCUUCGGAGCUGAGGCUCUCCACCCUCUGUGGGGACAUGGUGCCACACCUGCACAGUGCCAGCCCACAGGCCCUCACCAACCAGGCCCCCAGCAUCCAGGGGUCCAUCCCCCAGACCCUCGCCAGCCAAGUCUCCAGCCCACCUGGAGCGGCCAAAGACAGCGCCCUCUGCUGUUCAGAAGCAGAAGCCAGUACAGUCAGUGAAUGGUUACUACCAGUUGACUGGCAUAGUCUCUCAUUUGGGAGGCUCCGCAAACUCCGGGCACUACAUUAGUGACAUAUUGCAUGCCAGUGGAAACUGGUUCUGCUGUAACGACAGCCAGGUGUCAAUGUCCAAUGAAGACACUGUGCUGAGGACCAGAGCCCGGAGUGCCUACAUGCUCUUCUAUAUGUUCAGGUACUGCUUACUCUCGCCAUCUAUAUUCUUGUGCUGCUAUUUAUGUGUACGGUUCCUUUCACCCUACAGGGCAAUAGAGCGGGAGGCCCCAGCACACAGGACCUAACAGGGCCACCAGCAUCAGCCCCAGCCUAAACAGGGGCAGCACCUGGACCAGCCUCCAAACACUCAGACCUGUCUCAACAUGGGAAGAACCAGGCCCAGUCUCAACAUGGGCAGAACAAGACCCAGCCCCAACACCCUCAGACCUGCCUCAACAGGAAGAUUUAUCGUCUGGGAUUCAGGCCGGUCCUAACAGGAAACGUGACAAAGGGAAGCAGCUGUAAUGGAGCCUUCUAACACCCAAUCAGGUCUGGAGGAGGAAUGUCACAUAAAGAUUCAGAGAUGCUAUGAGUAUCUUUUGAAGUUACUCUCCAGUUGUAUUCCAUUUGAAUAAAUACAGACAUGAAAAUGCUGGGCUAUGGAUGUGACCUUGGUUCUGUGAGUAGAGUAACGGGUCACCAAACGACCUAUGGGAACUCCUUCCCUUUAUCGUGAUGUGAUUGAGAUGCUUAAUAUCAACGAUGUUUACAAUGACGCCACACCCUUACUGUACCAUUGUGACCUGUCACUAUUAAAGGCGGUGUGACGUGACAUACUGUCUUUUCUUAUCUCACGUACACUCCCUUACGUAUUUAUUUGGACAGUGAAGCUACAACUUUUCAUUUGGCUCUAUACAGCAGCGUUUUGGAUUGGAGAUCAAAUGUUUCAUAUGGGGUGACUGUACAGAAUGUCACCUUUCAUUUAAUGAAUGGUAAAUAAUGUUGAGUGAGAAAGUUACAGAGGAUCAUACCCCCAAGACAUGCUAACCUCUCACCAUUACCAAUAAUAGUGGAGGUUAGCAUUUUAUAUCAUACCCCCAAGACAUGCUAACCUCUCACCAUUACCAAUAAUGGGGGAGGUUAGCAUUUUAUAUCAUACCCCCAAGACAUGCUAACCUCUCACCAUUACCAAUAAUAGGGGAGGUUAGCAUUUUA